CCUCCCCAAAUUUGAUGCCCGGUAAUUCCAAAAUUAUUAGAAUAGGCUAAAGGCUAUUUUAGCCUUGUAUUUGAGCCUUCAUCAGAUUACCCCAGUCAUGUCGUGAUUCUAUAGGCUGAACUUCGAGGAAGUUCAAAGAAAUCUGUAAGACAGAAUUGUUUCAUUUUUCACGAGUGACAGCACGCCCAUUACUUCAUGACAGCCACCAAAAAGAGGCGCACCCGUCUGUGCAGACACAGAGAAGAGAGUUGUGUGAGAGGCUGAAGUUUCCCCUGACCAUGGGUGGAUCGCCUUCCAGUCAACUGGAUGAGACUACAUCCAACCACAUAAGAGAGCAGACAGAGGCAGAGUUGAAGGGCUUCAGUCCUCACUUCAGGAGGCAGUACUGUGUGGCCCUCUGCUCCAAACUGCAGCAGGAGCUGGAGCAGCACAACACCAGCCCAGCACUUCUCCUCAAACAGAGGGAGCAUGCAGGGGUGUCGGAGGUGCUCUAUGAGGGGGGUGUCUUGCAGUGUGAGGACGGGAAGAAGUGGAGGGACAGAUGGGUCGUGGUGCGAGACUACAGCCUGGAGCUUCACGACAACCAGGAGGUGUGGAAGAAAGGGACUCCUGCACGGCAGAAGCUGGUGGUGGUCGGUGGCACUGUGGUUACUUCAAGAGAGAAGUAUGAGGCUUUGGUGCACAAGGUCGUUCCUGAUCUGAGCAAUGGACAGGAGGACUCUGCCCCUGAGCUGCUGCCACCCACUGCAUUUCCAGUAUAUCUGAGGUUACCAUACCGACGCGAUGUUUACCUCUGCUGCCACGACAACAAACAGCGGUGCCACUUGCUUUCCAUUCUCAGUCACGGCAUCCGUCAUCAGAACCAUGACUCCAUGCACAAACCUACGUGUGAGACGCAGGCCUUCCUAGCAGCCACCCACUUCCACAGACAGGAGAAAGGCCACUAUGAAUCAUGGGACAUGCUCGUGGGCGAUGACACGCAGGUCCUCACACAUCUGGUCAUGGAGGGGGUUGUUGCUGUUCUGCAGAAGGAGGUGCUUCCACAGCUGAAGGGGAAGAAGGCAGAGAGGAGGAGAGCCUGGUUGUCUCUGGUGGAGGCGGCCCACACUCAGGUGCUAGCUCAAGUGCAGGAAGCAGUGCAUAGCCUGAAGGAGGAGUGCACUGCCUCAGCCCAACAGCAGGGGGUGCUGCUGCGCUCAAACAUCGACCAGAUCGCCUCCUCUCGCACCUUUCUGGAGACCAAGCUUCAAGCCAUGGCGUCCGGGCGAGCCCAGAGUGUGUGUGCGGAGCACGUCACUCCGUACCUCAGCUCCGUGCUGGAGGAGCUCCUGGAGCCGGUGAACGGAGGGUUCCACGCCGUCAGGCAGCUGUGUGAGGAACGGCUGGAGCGCCUCUGCAGGGACGUCCACCAGGGCGGGACCUUCCAGCAGGUCCAGCAGAGCCUCCAGCAGGCCAGCAGAGCAGAGCUUGAGGAGAGCUUCCAGAGGCUCGAGGUUCUUCACGAGAAGCUCCAGGGGCUCCAGGGUCGCUUCAGAUUCUCCAACACUACAAAGCUGGUGCAGGGAGCACAAAUACACAUGCAGCAGCUGAUAGACAAUGCCAUGUACACCUUUGAGUCGCUGCUCCAGUCUGCUGUGAAAGACAACCCUGCUCAGCUGGGGUCUGUCAUGGAGAAAGCCAAGCUGAGAGUCCUCAAGCAAUAUAACUACGACAGCAGUACGGUGCGGAAGCGGUUCUUUCAGGAGGCGCUGGUGGACGUCACACUCCCGGUGCUGAGGAGACACCUGGGGCCCACCUGCAGACCUGAGUUGGAGAAGUUUGAACAGUACAUAUUCGCGGAUUGCACUGACUUCAUAAAUGUGGAGAAUGUAUAUGAGGACAUUCUGAUGAAGACCCUCACCCCUGAAGUGAAUAAAGUGGUGACGGAGGCAGCCAGCCAGAAGAAGCACAACCUGUUGGUGGACAGCUCUGACCUUCAGUCCAUCAGCCAGGGCAGCCUGAGUGACAGCCUGAUGCCUCCUCGCUCCGCCCCCUCCAGCCUGAGUGACAGCCUGACGCCUCCCCGCUCCGCCCCCUCCAGCCCAUCCAAGCAGGCGGGAGGUCCUGCCCGCUCCCAGCAGGCUGAGCUUAAGCCCUCCCCUCUGGCCGGCAGCACAGGGGCAUCUGAGGGGCACAAGGACGGCAUAGAGGGGCGCAAGGAGGGGCAGGAAGAAGAGAAGCAGGCCAAAGAACAAGGACAACCAUUAAAGCAACAGGAGGAACAGGCCAAAGAACCAUUAAAACAACAGGAGGAACAGGCCAAAGAACAAGGACAACCAUUAAAACAACAGGAGGAACAGGCCAAAGAACAAGGACAACCAUUAAAGCAACAGGAGGAACAGGCCAAAGAACCAUUAAAACAACAGGAGGAACAGGCCAAAGAACAAGGACAACCAUUAAAACCACAGGAGGAACAGGCCAAAGAACAAGGAGAACCAUUAAAACAACGACAGGAGGAACAGGCCAAAGAACCAGGAGAACCAUUAAAACCACAGAAGGAACAGGCCAAGGAGCGGGACAGCGCAACCCAAGACGCUUCCCCGCCUGCCGCGCCCAAAGAGGAGCCAUCCCCUGAGCCACAGACCGGUCCUCAAGCUCCCUCGUCUCGGGUCGAACCGGACCGGGUGACUCCUGGCACCUCUACAGUCCGCACAGACAGAGCCAUCUAUCUCAACCCUCCUGCAGGGGUUCUGGCCGGCAGCGCGGUGCCUCGCGCUGAAGACGACUCGACCUCCCCUACGCUCCCCCAUGCCACGCCACCAGGAGCGGUGCCUCGUGUUGAUGACGACUCGACCUCCCCUACGCACCCCCAUGCCACGCCACCAGGAGGCAGCGGUGAUGAGGCGGCGGCAGCCGUGACACCGCCAUCUAGAGUUGUGGAGGAGACAGGAGGAGAAGGAGGGGGAGGUGGGGCAGCCGUGACACCGCCAGCUAGAGUUGUGGAGGAGACAGGAGGAGAAGGAGGGGGAGGUGGGGCAGCCGUGACACUGCCAUCUAGAGUUGUGGAGGAGACAGGAGGAGAAGGAGGGGGAGGUGGGGAUCCGAAGGGGACUGGAGGUCAGGCCGCUGGGGGGGAGAGCACUUCCUCUGAACCAACAGCAGGGGGCGCCACAGCCCCUCCAUCUUGCACGAGUGAGGGGGAAGAGGAGGAGGAGGAAGAGGAGGGGCUUUUGGACAGUGUGAAGGCUAUACGGGAUCUGGUGGUGGAGGUCAUCGAGGUGGAGGACUUCAUCAGACCCUGUCCCGGUGGCAGAUCAGCUUAGGGUCACACUCUGAGGGAGUGUCAACAACCUGAGCUGCAUGGAACUAAUGGACAUCACAGAAACACAAUAACAAGAGAACUGAUACAUGUCAUUGACAUAGAAGGGCUUAAUACUAACGCAGUUUUACACGGAGAUAUUGGGCUUAAUACUAACGCAGUUUUACACGGAGAUAUUGGGCUUAAUACUGACGCAGUUUUAGAGGAGAUAUUGGGCUUUUAAUGCAACUUACCAAGAGAACAUACAGUCAAUGUAGUAUUUUCAUACUACAGUAUUACAAUUAUUGUGUGAUUAAUGUUGCACGUUAUAUUUUAUUGUUUAAUAAGCUGCUUUUAUUGUUUAAUACUG